AAGGUACAUAAAUGGAUUGAAUUCUUACUAACGUUCAAGGGGUAAGUGAUACAUUGCAUAUAAAUGUGUUUUUGAUAGUCAAACCAAGAUAUUAACGUUGUUUUAUCAAAGAAUAUCAUAAAAUAUUGUGUAUGAACCGGUUUAGAGGUUAUGUUUAUGUUAUGUUUAGGCAUUGCUACCUGUUUGUACAUGUCAACAUGACAUGAGUGUUUUUCUAAACGAAAAAAGCGGUUUUUUUGUUAGGUUCGCUAAAUUCGUACACUGGUAGUCAUUUCCGUUUCCUGAAAAAUCUUUCUCAUUGUACCUACGGUUCGCACUUCGCGCGUGUUUAUUCUCUCUUGUGUUUGCGUUGCAAAAAUCACUGUCUUAAAAUUGUGAAGUGAAAAUGGGGAAAAGAAAAAGAUCAGAUUCCUAUUUCCAUGAAGAUUUGUGGAAGAAAUUAAAAAAACUGGAAAGAAGAUUGAAGAAAUGUGAAGGCAGAACUGAUAGAGACAGAGAGUCAAGUUCAGGGACUCCUCCUCCUUCUCCGGUUGAAUGUACUGAAGACUGGACAGUCGAAGAUAUCCCAGAGGAGCUUCUGUUAGCCCUGGGCAAGGAAGGUGAGGAGGAAAACAUUGUUGGCGGGGAGAUACAGCAGCAGCUGACAGAACGGUGGACAAACAUCAUUCAUCAGGGACUUGGAAAAGAGGCCAGAGAAAAUUUAACAACAAAACACCCCUCACCAACAAAUUUUAUGGCAGCUGUACCGCCUGUCUUGACUGAAGCGAUAGCAGCUGCUAUGAAUGAAGCCAGUAAGAGGCAAGACAAACGAAUAGUUUUCUGUCAGGCGUUAAUAGGUAAAACGAUGUUGGCAUUAGGUAAGGCACUUACCUGUGUUCUUAAGGGCAAUAUUAAUACUAAAGAAAUUGUCGUGCAGCUAAACGACUCUGCUAAAUUUGCCGCAGAAGUACUUCAAGCCCAAGCUCCAGCCGACAACCCCGAGACAAAUAUCGCCGAUACUAGAGGUACAUGCCAGUAAACUGAAAUAUUUUUCUCAUAACUGGUUAAAAAUUACCAAUGACCCGGUAAUCUUACAAUGGGUUCAGGGAUACAAUAUCCCACUUAAUUUUUUCCCUCCAGAGCAUACAGGACCCCAUCAGUCUUGGUCUAACAAAGAAAAAGAAAUUAUUUAAUCGGGAAUAGAAAAAUUAAUAAAUUUAGGUGCUAUAUAUCAAUGUGAAUAUGUAGUGGGCCAGUUUAUAUCACCAAUAUUUGUAAUUCCAAAACCAAAUGGUACAUUCAUGUUUAUAUUGAAUUUAAAAGAAUUAAAUCAAUACAUUGAUACAUGUCAUUUCAAAUUAGAAGACAUAAGAACAGCAUGUAAAUUAAUUACUCAAUACUGGUAUAUGGCAAAAUUAGAUUUGAAGGAUGCAUACUUUAGUGUGGCUAUUUCAAAUGAAUCAAAAAAGUUUUUGAGGUUUAAAUUUGACAAUAAGUUGUAUGAAUUUAACUGCUUACCUUUUGGGUUUAUGCACAGCUCCUUUUGUAUUCACAAAACUUAUGAAACCAAUACGUACUUACCUUAGAAGUAAAAAUAUUGUCCUGACAUCUUACUUAGACGAUAUACAUAAUAUAUUUUAACUCAUCAAAAGAACAAUGUAGGAAGGAUAUGGAGAUUUCGUGCACUUUGUUUCAAGAUCUAGGUUUUAUCAUUAACUUUGAAAAGAGUAUUUUCACACCAAAAGAGACAUGUACUUACCUGGGCAUAAUCAUAGAUUCAAGAUCAAUGUCAUUAUCAGUACCUCUAGAAAAACAAUUAUCUAUAAUAGAAAAAGUUAAUUAUUUUAAGAGAAUUAGGUCUUGUAAAAUAAGGAAAUUUUCUUAACUGUUAGGAAAAUUUACUACAGUUUGUCCAGCUAUACCCUAUUCAUGGGUAUAUACAAAACUUCUAGAAAGGGAGAGAUAUCUUGCUUUAAUUAAAAAGGAGAACAAUUAUGAUGAAAAAAUGAAAUUAUCAAAAAUAGUUACUUCUGAAUUGGAAUGGUGGACAAAGUACAUAGAUAGAUCUAACCCGAUUCAAAAUUAUAAUUUUUCUCUAGAAAUUCAGACAGAUGCUUCUACCACUGGCUGGGGAGCAGCUUGUGGUACAGAGCGAGCUUCAGGUUCAUGGUCCUCCACUGAGAGGCAAAACCAUAUCAAUUUCUUAGAAAUUAAGGCAGCUUAUCUAGGACUUCAAUGUUUUACUAAAGACCUAAGUCAUUGUGAAAUCUUACUCAGAGUGGAUAACACUACCUACAGCAGUAACAUAUAUUAACAAAAUGGGUGGUGUUCAAUUUCCUCAUUUAAACGAAAUGGCUAGGAUCUUUUGGCAAUAUUGCGAGAGAAUAAAUUCAAAAGAAAAUUUUGAAGCUGACUUUGAAUCAAGAAAAAUAAACUAAUGAUGAAAUUGUACAACAAUUUGGCUGCCCAGAAAUCGAUUUAUUUGCCUCUAGAAUUAAUAACAAAUGUAAGAAGUUUGUCUCAUGGAAUCAAGAUCCUGAAGCGUUUGCUGUAGAUGCAUUUACUGUUAAAUAUACUCUAUUUAUCUUUUUUUUUUUUUAUGCAUUUCCUCCUUUCUCAUUAGUUUUAAAAUGCAUUAGAAAAAUACAAUCUGAUAAAGCAGAAGGUAUCUUGGUAUUUCUUUUAUGGAAAUCCCAAGCCUGGUUCCCCAUGUUACAAUGUCUUCUAGUUGGUAAAAUGUUAAUUUUCGAACCCAAGCAAUAAUAUCAAACAAUAUGAUAGCUCUCUUAAAUUAUGGUGGAGUUUUUGUAAUAGGUUUAAAUUAGAUCCUUUUCAAACUUCAGUCCCAUUUAUAUCAGGUCAUUCAUAUCAUUCAUAUCAUUUGUAUCAGGUGCCUCAUAUGGUACCCUUAAUACCAUUAGAUCAGCUAUUGCAUUAAUAAUGGGACCGAAAGUUAGUGCAGAUGAUAGAAUAAUAAGAUUCUUAAAAGGUGUGCUUAAAAUGACACCACCUAAACCAAAAUAUAAUAUGACUUGGGACCCGGGCUUAGUAUUAGAAUAUCUAGGUAAAAAUUAUACUAAUGAUAAUUUGAACUUACAAAGGGCUACUAAGAAAUUCGUUAUAAUGUUAGCUCUUACUACGGGACAUAGGGUUCAAACCCUGUCCCUAAUAAAAGUAUCUAAUAUAAAAUUUACACAAAGCGGAGUUCAAAUUAAAAUUCCAGACAUUAUAAAAACGUCAAAUAAAAAUUCAGUUCAACCAAUGUUACAUUUGAAGUCGUUUACGGACAAAGAAAUUUGCCCGGUAGAAAUCAUAAAAAUUUAUUUAAAUGCCACAGAAAACUUAAGGCAAAACAUUAAUCACCUGAUUUUAACAUUUAAAAAACCAUAUAAAAAGGCUUCAUCUCAAACAAUAAGUCAUGGAUAAAAUCUGUAUUGUGUGAAUCUGGGUCUUAGCAUAGACCUUAUUCGUAAGACCGCUGGAUGGUCUAGAGAUUCUUCUGUAUUUGCUAGGUUUUACAAUAGGCCUAUAAUAGAAGAUCCUUUAUCUUUCUCUGAUACUAUUUGUAAUCGUAUCCUAUCAGUACAAAUAUUUAAGAAAAACUUGUUUCUAGUUAUAAGAAUAUUUGUAAUAUUUUGUAAUAAAUUUGAUUUAUUAUAAAUGGUUUCAUUCACAACUCAUGAAUCUUUAAACAUCUACCAUAGUAAAAACCGUCUCAGACAAGGAGAGAGUAUAAUUAAAUGGUUAAACGAACUUACCUGUAAGUGAAGUUCUACCAUAAUUAUACGAAGCUCCUUGUCUGAGACGGUACCUGUUCCCACCCUACCCACCUCUGACCAAGUCUGAGUUGUUCAUGAAACUUCUUGCUUUAAAAGUAAUGAAGUUUGACAGUUGCGUUCCGGAUAUUGUCGUGUUUUUGUUUUUUUUUUUUAGCUUGGAUACAUUGUGAUGGCUACUAGCAUGAAAGCGUAGACUACCAUAGUAAAAACCGUCUCAGACAAGGAGCUUCGUAUAAUUAUGGUAGAACUUCACUUACAG